GAAGGCGUCAUUUUGAAAAGUUAAAUUACAGUUGGAGUUGUUUUCGUAAAUGAAAAAAUAACGACGUUUGUCUGGAAUUCUGUAAAUGUAUGAUAUGAAAUUUGGAGAAGCAAGUUGAUAUAUUCAAUUAUAAUCUAACUACAAAAGAAUUUAAACAAACUUCUUAUCGUUAAAUCAAAAGGGAGAAAUGUCAUCCUUCCAUUAUGAUUUCAUCCUCUCCAAACGCAGCUCGCUUGCAAAGGUAUGGCUUGCAGCACAUUGGGAAAAAAAACUUAGCAAAGUUCAGGUGUUUGAGACAAACUUACCAACUAUUGUUCAAGACAUUAUUCAUCCAAAAGUGCCAAUAGCCUUACACACAUCAAGUCAUCUUCUUGUUGGACUUGUUCGUAUCUACUCUCGAAAAGCCAAAUACUUGCUGAAGGAUUGUUCUGAAACUCUGGUCAAUAUCAAGGUGGCAUUCAGGCCUGGCUCAUAUGAAAUUGACAACGUGGUAAAGAAACAGAAGUCAUCCACUGGGAGUGAAUAUGUUGAAUGCUCACUUUUCAUCACUAAAAAAUUGGACUUGCUUGAUCAUUGGAUCCCGGAUGUUAGUGCCGAAAUAGAUUCUACAUUGAAUCAAAGCAAGCAUGAAGAGAUCACACUUCGAGAAGAGUCAAUGAAGUUGAACUCACUAAAAGAUUAUUUUGAUGAUGAUGAGGGAUUUGGAGAGAUGGAUAAUGAGGGAUCAGUCAAUGCCUUUGACCAGGCAACAAGUUAUUGUGUGUCAACAUUAGAACGAGGUCAGAGUUUGGCUGACUCAGCAUAUGGUACAGAAGAUAUAGGCUCAUUGGAAACUUUUUCAUCAAGUGAUUAUUACAGUGAUCCAUUCUCAUCUGGUCUCACUCCAGUUAAGAAUCCCAGCAGUCCAAUAAAGAUAGCAAGAGAUCAUCUAAACAUACUGCCAUUGAAUGUUGACAAUUUGGAUAAUGAUAUGGAAUUGUGCUCAAGCCCCAUAGCAAUUACUGACUUUACCUUGACUGAUGAAGAAACAAAAACUGUUGAACCGGAGCUAGCUGUUGACAAAUUUGUGCAAGCAAGGGAAAAUGAACUCGAAAAGAACAGUGCAACUUUUGAACUCGAUGAAGCACAAAGAUUAAAGAGGAGCUUUGGGGAACGUGAAGAUGGAACUGAUGUUAUUCUUGAAUCAAUAGAAAGCAUCAAUAAAAAUGUGCGUUCUCCCAGAAAGAAACUGAAAAGAACUAUUUUUAUCGAUGUGGAAACAUCUUUAAACCGGGAAGUGAUUGUUGAUAACAUUGCACAUCCUGAAAGACAUUUGUCUGAACCAAAAUUCGCGACGCCACGAAAAAAACUCAUGAAAGAAGAAAGAAAUACAGCGUCUCUUCUUGCAAAAUCAUUCAACAGAGAAAUGACACCAACUUUAAAUAAACUUUUUUGUUCAAAUUUCCAUCUAAAGCAAUCGAGGGAUAGUUUGCAAACCUUUACAGAUGAAAGCACUUUACCUGAAGAUUGUACCGAUUUUAAUAAUCUCUCAAACGUGAAUGAAACGAUUGCUCAGGAGGAAGGAGUUGCUUUAACUCAAGAGUUCAUUCCUUUACAUGACGAGGAAUAUUCAUCAGAUGAAGAAUGUUCUUGGAGUAGAACAUAUGAAAAGAAUGAAGAACUUGACGUGAGCAGUUUUAACAACGCUUUGACGAUGGAUGACGACGCGAUAUUUGAUGAAAACAUUUUGAAAGAUAGAUUUUGUUCAUUUGUUGAAACGAAAAUUCAAAAUGCUCCUAGCAAUGAGGUAACCUUUCAGCAAAUUGUUGGCAGCAAUGUCGUUAAACUUUCGCGAAAAAUAGUGGCGCAACGAUUUUUAAAAUGUUUGAUUAUGCAACGAGAUUCGAGAUUGACUCUAAAUCAAGAAGAAUCGUUUGGCGUAAUCACUCUUAAACCUCCGUCAGAACAUUCAUGAAGUUUUUAAUGUGAAGAGUCUUAUCACAAUCCUUCAAAUUUAGAUAAGAACUGAUCGCAUUUGACUCUUUCGACUCUAGCCAAUAAGCCCAAAAAAAUUAUUGGAUGCGAUUUAGGAAGAUGUACAAGAAGAAUUUCUUCUGAUUUCUUUUCAAGUUAGUUGUUGUUAUAGGGCACAGUUCACUAAUUCUGCCGUCUUUUGUUGUGUUCUUCGUAUUUUAGUCCAAGUACUCUGUAAGCCAUGCAUGUAAAAAUUUUAUUAAUGUAAAUUAUAUCAUGUCAUUUACUAUACAUUUUAAACAACAUACAUAUACACAUUGUAAAAGAUAUGGGUUUUAACAGUUUAAAGUUUUGAUCGUACAUCUCUUAUUAUAUAACAAAAUAAAAAGGUAGAUGAGAAA